AGCUCGAUUCGAAGCAUCAUCUUCUCCGUUCAGACAGAAACAGCGAAACCCUAGAUGGAUCUCCUGAAGCAAGAGCUCUUGAAGAAGCGCCAAUCUCUAGCCCAAGAAGUGGGCGGCAAGAGGUUCUUCAAGCGCUCCGAAAUUGAACAGAGAAACAUCCAGAAGCUUCGCGAGCAGGAAAAGCGUGAGUUGGAGGCUAAAGCCCUCCGCCACAAUAAUGGCACCGCAUCCUCUUCCACCGCCGCCGCCGCCUCGGCCACCUCUACUCCAUCUUCCGAUGCCAAACCUGACCUCACAUCCUCAUCUUCUAAAGCCAUAACCGACGAACAGAAAAUCGACGAGAUGGUUCUCCCGAAGCAAGAGGUCAUCCGGCGGCUCAGAUUCCUGAAACAGCCUAUUACUCUGUUCGGCGAAGACGACACCGCGCGGCUUGAUCGGUUGAAGUAUGUGCUCAAAGCUGGGAUCUUUGAGGUCGACAGCGACAUGACGGAGGGCCAAACGAAUGAUUUUCUUAGGGAUAUUGCGGAGCUAAGGAAGCGGCAGAAGACGGGGAUUUUGAGCGAUCGGAAGCGGAAGAGUCCGGAGGAUGGGGUCGAGGAUGGGGAGGGGGGCGGUGGAGAUGAUGAUUUGAGCGGUGAUGGGGGUUCUUCGGGGGUGGAUGCUGAUAAGGAUUUGAAGCGGAUGAAGGCGAAUUUUAAGGAGUUGUGUGAUGAGGAUAAGAUUCUGGUUUUUUUCAAGAGGCUUUUGAUCGAGUGGAAUCAGGAGUUGAAUGAGAAGCAGGAGGGGGAGAAGAGGACGGCCAAGGGGAAGUCUAUGGUGGCCACGUUUAAGCAGUGUGCACGAUAUUUGAAUCCGCUAUUCAAAUUCUGCCGGAAAAAGGUUCUCCCAGAUGAUAUCCGGCAAGCAUUGCUGGUGGUGGUUGAAUGCUGCAUGAAGCGAGAUUAUCUAGCUGCAAUGGACCAAUAUAUCAAGAUGGCAAUCGGGAAUGCACCCUGGCCUAUUGGUGUUACUAUGGUUGGUAUCCAUGAACGGUCUGCCCGUGAGAAGAUCUACACAAACAGUGUGGCCCACAUUAUGAAUGAUGAAACAACUCGUAAGUAUCUGCAAUCAAUCAAAAGAUUGAUGACAUUUUGCCAACGACGCUACCCAACCAUGCCAUCCAAAGCCGUUGAGUUCAACAGUUUGGCAAAUGGUAGUGACUUACAAUCACUGCUAGCAGAGGAGAGGUUUUCUGGGGGAAAUCAAGCUUCAGAGGAAAGGCUUCACCUAAUGGCUCCUCCAAAGGAGAGCUAGUUAUCAUGUAUAGAGAACCGAUAUGUGGCUUAGUUAUGAUUGAAUUUUCCUAGUUUCUUGUAAUGUUAGUGUCUAAUGCUUAGGGAUGUUCAGUAACAAGAGAAUAUGAAACUGACUGAAAGGCAGUGUUUGGAAACAAUUCAGUGACCUUCAUGUCCUCUUUUGUAAGAAAUUAUCUCAAUUAUAAUCACCCACAUUAAAUGUUGAUGAUGA